AUGAAGGAGCUCAGACUCCGCCCGCGAACGAGCGCCAUCGCGGGGAUUCCGCGUGGAUUCCGCGUGGAUACCGCCUUUUUGCCCCUGGAUUUCGCAGUAGCCGCCCCGCCCCUCCUCCCUAGAGCCUCCGCUGAGGCGGCUGCAGCGGCUGCGGCGCAGGCAACGGCCGCAGCGGGCGGUUGGCGAGGGGUCCUCGCGACAGUGACCCGGAUCCUCUGCGGUUAUUCGCAAGGCGCAGGCGCCCCUGCCACGCCAGCGGGCGGUUUCCAGCCGCGGUUUCCAGGGGCGGUUUCCAGCGGCGGCGGGACGUUCUCUGGAAGGAGCCACGGGGUUGCGAAGAAGUCCACCCAGAAGGUGCUGGACCCCGAGAAGGACGGGCUGACGCGCCUGAAGCACCUGCGGGCGCUGCUGGGAGCUGUUCAAGAUGGUGGUGCCCCAUCAGUGCCUGGGCUCCAUCUGGUCCCGGAGGAACAGGCCUGGCAAAGAGCACCUGGAACCCACAGUCCGGGCCACCAUCACCCAGUUCAAUGCUGUGGCCAGCUGCAUCAUCACCACGUGCCUAGGCAACCCAAGCAUGACAGCCUGGGACAGGGCCAUGGUGGUGGACCACUGGAUCCGGGUGGCCAAGGCCUGUCAGAUCCUGGGGAACUACCCCUCCCUGCAUGCCAUCCUCGCGGCUCUGCAGAGUGUCCCCAUUCACCGCCUGAAGAGAACAUGGGACAACGUUUUCAGGAGUGGCCCUUGAAUAAAUUUGCCACCCUGGUGAGGAAGCUGCGAAGAGCGUGGAAGGGGCUACCGAUAAAGGGUGUCGUCCUGUACCUUGGCACUUUCUUCACUGACCUCUUGAUGUUGGAAACUGCAGUGGAGAACUACCUGGAGGGAAAACAGAUCAACUACUCCAAAAAGAAUAAGGUGCAUCCUGUCCUGCCAGCAGAACACAAGCACCAGGACAACUGGCCACAGCCAACAUCAGGGCUGAACCCAUUGCCAGUGCCCGAGCAAGGAUUCCCCCUCGGCAGCUGGGGUACUUGUGCUGCAUGGGCCACAUCUACACACGCCCCUUCCUCUCAACCAAUGACUGAUUGUGGGGGCGGCAAUAUUUAAUAUAUUUAAAUGGUUUAUAUUUUUCUCCUCUUCUAGCCCACAAGUGUGCUUUGGUUGUUAUACUUCCUACAGUACUGUGCAACA